CUUUCUAUUUUAUCCUGGGGUAGAAUUGUAAAUACGGGCCGAAAAAUUCUCCUUAACCAGGGUAGCGCCAAGCGGACAGAAAACCCGUGGUUUAAAUCCGUCUUGACAAGCCCUAGGGUUUUUCCGUUUCCUCCUUCAAUCAGGAUUUUCAGUGGUCCGCUGUUGUUUGACUCAUAAUGUCCCGAGUGUAUGUUGGGAAUCUGGAUCCACGAGUUUCCGAACGUGAUCUUGAGGAUGAAUUUCGUGUGUUCGGAGUUAUCAAAAGUGUGUGGGUUGCAAGGAGACCCCCUGGUUAUGCUUUCAUAGACUUUGAUGACCGUCGGGAUGCUCAGGAUGCCAUCAGGGAACUUGAUGGUAAAAAUGGCUGGAGAGUCGAGCUUUCUCACAACUCCAGAGGUGGAGGAGGUGGCGGCGGCCGCGGUGGUGGUCGUGGCCGGGGUGGGUCUGAUUCAAAAUGCUAUGAAUGUGGUGAGCCUGGCCAUUUUGCUCGUGAGUGUCGUAAUCGUGGAGGCGUAGGGAGACGAAGGAGUCGUAGUCCCCCUAGAUAUCGCCGGAGCCCAAGUUAUGGACGAAGGAGUUUCAGUCCUCGUGGUCGUUCCCCUCGACGUCGCAGUUUGUCACCGAGAGGCCGCAGCUACAGCAGGUCUCCUUACCGUGGAAGAGAUGAGGUGCCAUAUGCAAAUGGGUUAAGUGUUCUUUGUUUCUUCCUUUUCCUCCUUGACUCUAGAGCGCAGAAGCAGGAGCUGAACUGGGAUGACCUCUUGAGUACUCUUUUAAUCUAUGCAGAUUGCAGAACUAUUUUGAAUUGUGUGUUUACUGUUCUUGGAAUUAUAACGGCAUAUGUAAGUGGGGCGUCGCCCUCAGAGAAGCUUCGACUUCUGGAUUGGUUAUGUCGUUACUACUUCAGUAGUCUCGUCCUGCGACUGCUUCAUUGGUUUUGUGCUUCUGCACUUGUGUUUCGACCUUCAUUGCCUACUUUUGAUUGCAUUAUCUGCGGAUACGAUGCUUCCCUCUCCUCAAAUAGUUUGUUUGAUUAGACUCGAGCACCAAGGGCUGAUUCACGCACCUUGGCCAGAUACUUGAAAUAUAUGACUUGGCUCUUCAUGUUGUUCUGUGGACAACCCAACUGGUUUUCCAGAACGGAUUUGUUGUCAUUGUUUAUCAUUUUGAGCACCAAACUGAGGACAAAUGCUGGUUUUGAAGUUACCAAAGCUUAUGCUAGUGUAUGGCCCAUGACACUCUUUCAUGUGCUUGCAUUUAGCUACUUCAUUGGGCUAUGAAUGUUUUUGGCUCGUUUGGAUGAGGGUCGGUUUUUGCCUGACCAAAAUCGUGCUUGUUGUUAAGAUAUGGAAAGUACCUUUGCCCAGCAUCUUCCAUUAUUUAUUUGUUUAUUUGGCUGUUUUGCUGCUGAUAUGUUGUGGCGCUCUCCAAAUCGAAGUCAUGUUUCUUUAACCAAUUAGAUCCAAGCCAAAAAAUGCUCUUCAAUGUCCGAACUGGUAAACCUGGUCAUUUGUUUAAGAAAACUGGUAAACCUGAUGAGGUAUCAUGUUCGUUCUACAGAAAAAUUAUAUCGAUAUUGUACUUCCCUUGCAUUUGAAGCUGAAGCUUCACAAGGGGCCCUGGACAGGUCUAUAAUGGGUCUUUCCUGUCAUUGACUAGGGCAAUAUUUGCCUUUGAGGUUUUGCAUUCCAGGACUCUUUUUCCCCAAUUUGUAAAUCUUAACCCUAUAAAAAGUAUAAAUUUUGUUAAUGAAG